AGUCAUCUAAAGCCGAGUCCAGAAGCUUCCAAAAGCCAAUGACCACUGUGCAUUUUGCACAGCCACCCGAAAGGCAACCAACCACGCGAUAGACCCAAAAACCCACAGUAUUAGCUUCGCUAGCAAGGCGAAAAAACAUGUUCCGGGACACUUCCAGCUGCAACACGUACAACUAUGGUGACGCGCAGUACUGGGACGCGCGGUACGUCCAGGAGGGCGGGUCCUUCGACUGGUACCAGCGCUACUCGGCUCUCCGUCCUUUUGUUCGCAAGUACGUCCCCUCCACUGCUCGCCUCCUCAUGGUCGGCUGUGGCAAUGCCGUUAUGUCAGAGGACAUGGUAAAGGAUGGAUAUGAAGACAUAAUGAACAUUGACAUUUCAUUGGUGGCCAUUGAGAUGAUGAGAAAAAAAUAUGGGAACAUCCCUCAGUUGAAAUAUAUGCAAAUGGAUGUCAGGGAUAUGAGCUUCUUUCCAGACGAAUCAUUUGAUAGUGUCAUUGAUAAAGGAACUCUUGAUUCUUUGAUGUGCGGCACAGAUGCCCCAAUUAGUUCAGCUCAAAUGCUAGGGGAAGUGAGUAGGCUUCUUAAACCCGGAGGGACUUAUAUGCUGAUUACCUACGGUGAUCCUUCAGCGAGGAUGCCUCAUUUGAGCCGACCAGUAUACAAUUGGAAAACUGUGUUGUACAUCAUACAUUUUAGUAUCGUACUCUUUUCUUGGAUGGUGGAUAUUGCAAAGACCAGACCGGGAUUCAAGAAGCUUGAAAGUUGUAGUUCAACAACGAAGUCAUACUUGGAGCCGGUUCCUACUACUGAGAAGGGCUUACUUCCAUCAGAUUUUGUUUUGGAAGAUCCAGAUUCUCACUUUAUAUACGUGUGUAAAAAGAUGGAUGAAACAGAGCUGAGUAAGAUGCCUACCUACCCCUUGACAAAUGAUGUUAUAUAGAAUGCCUUACAGUGAAAGCACUGAUAAGGUAAUUCUUGUGCUGUUUACAAGCUUUGGCAUGCAUCAUGGUCUGUUCAUAUGAUUAUUGUUGCCAGAUGUACAACAAGGAUUAAUCAUUAGCAUCCUUGGAGUUGUUUGUAAAUUACUCGAGAUCCUAUUUUUUUGACAUUAGAUCGUAGGAUGCUGGAUAUGAAGAUUAAAAUUGAACAAGGGAACGGAUCCCAUUGGAGGAACUGUAGUGAGUGAGAUUAACGUCAACUUUAUGUCCUGUUACUGUGCUACCAGACAUGAAUGUUGUUUUCUAGUA